CUCUCUCUCCCUCUUUCUCUCUCUCUCUCCCUCUCUCUCUCUCUCUCUCACACACACACACACAAUAAACACAAACACACACCUCCAUGGAACAGACACCUCACAUAGCCAUGGUACCAACGCCUGGAAUGGGUCACCUCAUCCCAAUUGUGGAGUUUGCAAAGCGUCUCAUUCUUCAACACAACUUCUCCAUAACUCUCAUCCUCCCCACCGGCGGACCUCUGUCCCAAGCCCAAAAAACAUUUCUCGAAGCUCUUCCUAAUGGCAUGAGCUACCUUCUUCUUCCUCCUGUUAAUUUCGAUGACCUACCCAGUGAUGAUAAGAUUGAAACAAGGAUUUCUCUAACUAUCACUCGCUCACUUCCCUCUCUUCGACAAGUUUUCAAACAGUUGGUGGCGACAACUCGGUUAGUUGCUCUUGUUGUUGAUCUGUUUGGCACUGAUACUUUUGAUGUUGCUAAUGAAUUCAAAGUCUCCCCUUAUAUUUUCUUCCCAUCAACGGCCAUGGCCUUGUCUUUGUUCCUUCAUUUGCCAAACCUUGAUGAGUCUGUGACAUGCGAGUACAGAGACCUGCCUGAACCGGUUCAAAUCCCGGGUUGCAUACCGAUUCAUGGAAGGGAACUUCUGGACCCGGUUCAGGACCGAAAGAACGAUGCAUACAAAUGGGUUCUCCAUCAUGUUAAGAGGUAUAGAUUGGCAGAGGGAAUUAUGGUGAAUAGCUUCAAGGACUUGGAGCCAGGGGCUGUGAAAGCUUUACAAGAGGAAGAACCGGGUAAGCCACCGGUUUAUCCCAUUGGACCGCUCGUACAAAUGGGGUCAAGCAGCCAAAUUGAUGGGUCUGAGUGUUUGAGAUGGUUAGGCGAUCAGCCUAGUGGUUCUGUAUUGUUCAUCUCUUUUGGAAGUGGUGGGACCCUCUCAUAUGAGCAGCUCAAUGAACUGGCAUUCGGAUUAGAAAUAAGUGAGCAGAGAUUUUUAUGGGUUGUUAGAACUCCAAAUAAUAAAGUUGCCAAUGCCACAUACUUUAACGUCCAAGGCCCAAAAAAAGAUCCGUUUGACUUUCUACCAAAGGGAUUUUUAGAAAGGACCAAAGGGUGUGGUCUGGUUGUGCCAUCUUGGGCACCACAAGCCCAAAUCCUUAGCCAUGGCUCGACCGGUGGGUUCUUAACCCACUGCGGUUGGAACUCAACCCUCGAGAGUGUGGUCAAUGGCAUCCCAUUAAUCGCUUGGCCUUUGUAUGCAGAGCAAAAGAUGAAUGCAGUAAUCCUGACGGAGGAUAUAAAAGUAGCUCUGAGGCCAAAGGUUGAUGAAAAUGGUCUUGUGGGUCGUCUUGAGAUUGCAAAAGCUGUGAAGAGUCUAAUGGAAGGAGAAGAAGGGAAACAUGUUCGCAGCAGAAUGAAAGGCCUAAAGGAUGCUGCUGCUAAGGUUCUUAGUGAAGACGGGUCUUCUAAUAAAACACUUUCUGAAUUGGCUUUUAAGUUGAAGAAUAAGAUUGUUAGUCAUUAGAUUAGAUUAGCGUUCAUCUCUCUCUCUCUCUCUCUCUCUC